AUGCACCAAUCCUUCCUGCAAAAGCCUCUAAACUUCCUGGAUGUCACUUACUUAUCCGUUUCAUCACUACCACUACACACAGGCGUAAACAUCCACAACAACUGUAAACUGCUGGACUUAGACGUUCGUGAGCAUGAGGUGGAGGUGCGUCUGGGAAUGCUCAACGAAGACGGCAGCACCACACCACGAGAGCCUUUCACUGUCAGCUCAGUACUGUUCUCAGUGGGACGCACACCGUGCACAGACACACUCAACUUAGACGGUGCAGGAGUCAAGCUACUGCCCAAGGCGCAGUGGAGACCAACGGACACCUGCAGAGCGUCACAGCACCACAUAUCUACUCAGCG